AUGCUUGCUCGGAACCAGGCUGACCGAAUCCUCCAGCUCCAGGGAUUGCUCUACCGCAAUACAUAUCAGCCUGCAGUCGUCCAGAUGGCCGAGCAACGCUUCGCCUCCUUCCAUUCUGCAUGUCGUGACUCCUCACACGAGCCUGCCAACCAGCCGGCCAACCACGUCCGAAGGAGUAUCUCGAUCUUCAGCCGAAGGGGAACUGAACCACCAGAGCCUACGCCUGCAUUCAUCACCCACGCAGCCAUGAGGUUCCCGUGUCCUCGAUCGAGACCGAUGUCGGAGAGGCAGAGGAGUUGGAUGGGUCGCAGAAAGAGCAUGAGCAAGAAAGAUAGAGCUCCGAAGAAAUUGUCAAAGGCCACCCUUCUCCACGCGGUGCCGCACGCGAACACGAUUGAGAUGACCGCACGUGAGCAGGAGAUGGCCAUCAGUCCAAAUGAAGAGAUCCUAUCCGCAAUCAGUGACCACGCUCCGACGCUUCGAGCUCUGACGGCUAUCGAUUCGCAGCCUUGGUCGCCUUGCACACCACCACAUCCGCGCAGCAACAGCACUACAGAUCUGACCCAACGAACAAUGUCUCAAAGAAGGCGAGAAACCAGCUCCCGAAUUGGUGUCUGGAUCGAUGGCGUAGUGCAAUGGGAUCAACGUGCUCUCGACGACUUUUUGUCGCCAGACGCCGCCGACAUGGAACACACUGGCUUCACGCCCGUAAGACCUGUCUCUUCUUCGGCUCCUCCGAACCCGCGGAAACCACCUCUUUCGGUGGUGAUUCCUUCGCAUGCGCCUGUGGUCAAUGAUCGAUGUGUUUCGACCAUCCUUCACCCACAACCGAGGCGACCGGUAGUCUCCGUGCUUCCAACGAGCAUCGUGUCAACAGCAUAUCCUACCUCAACACCUGCAAUCGUACUCGACGACACGAUGAGCACUCCAUGCCCUCCAGAACGACCAUCCGCAGAACGACCAUCCGCUCCCUCCUCAACCCACAAGUCUCACGCAUCCAUUUCCACGACUUCGAGCAGGGCCAUCACCGAUGAGGACUCGCUUUACAGCAGACGAAGCUCAGCUACGAGCGUCUCGCUCUGCUCUACUUCUGAGAAAAGAUUCCGAUUAUCCACGAGCAACUUAUCUAUGCUCUCACCAGAAUCAGCUGGCGUAUUUGAAGAGCAAUCGAACAAGAAAUCGGGCAACAAGGCGGCGAAUUUGAACAAGUCGCUGCCACCCACUCCGCCGACAAUCCCUCCAGUUCGUGCCGCACCAUCACCAACUCCUGCUGUGAGUACGCGUCAAUAUAACUCGCUAAGAGUUCCUGGUUCGGAAAAGCUGCAUCCUACACACCCGCUCAGACAAAGUCGAUCCAUGAGUCAGCUUGACCAGUGCGAUGAGGAAUUCAUGCGCAGCUAUAUCGCUCGUCGACACGCGCAAACUCCCACGUUGAGCCAAGCUGAGCAGGAAGUGAGAGCCCAACUAUCCACCAUGGAGGAACAGAUUUCCGACUCCACACCGCCACAGAGCUCAGACGAGGGUGCAUCCGGGACCUUGAAGCGUAGGGACAGCGUGCGGGAUGUGAUGCAGCCACCGACUCGCGCACCGACCAUCCCAAAGCGAUCCCGCAAGAGAGAUUGGCGAUCUUCCAGACAGUCAGCAAGAACCACAAUGGACUUCUCCAGCGCCGGCGUUCCGUCCAGACGGCGGUCCGAGUCUCACCUCAAAUCCAAGCAGCCUCCUACUGUGCAAACGGAGAAGGUGGCUUUGCGGAAAGUAUUCAGCGUGUCUCAUCACAGCAAACGGUCGCAGGACUUGUUGGUCCUUCCACAGUUGGAAGUCCAACAAGAGAGCUUGCAAGGCAUGCUGGCAUAUGCGAACGUUGGCGAGCAGAACGAAGAUGUGUCUGCUGAUCUUUCUCCCAUCUCUGACGAAGGUGCUGCUUCUGCAGCCGUACCAUCAGUGUCCGCUGAGGAAGUUCUUCUUGGCAUCCUCUCAAAUCUGAGCUCUACCGAUGAUCUAUUCCAUACAGCCAUCAUCAACAAAGGCAUGUAUAGAGUGUACAAGGAGAACGAGAUGUUUCUGCUCCGCAAGGUCAUGGCGAAUCAGUCGCCGGCGGCGUGGGAGUUGCGAGAGUGGAGCUCACCAGAACGCAAUGAGGUGGCCUGCUCAAGCAAGGCCUCUUCGCUGCUUGAGCACGAUCCAUUGUCGUACAUGCGCUGCUUCAGAAGGGAUCUCGGUGUUAUCGAGCGCCUGAAGCGACUGAUCAUGGAGCACUGCCAAUCUUUCAUUCGCCGCGAGACUACUUUUGCUCUUUCCACACCAACACAUCCAAAUGCCCAACGCUUCAACGAUAGCUUCUGGCGCAUUUGGUGCUUCUGCGAAAUAUUCGGAGGCAAGAAAGGCCGCGAGGAGGACAUUACUGGCCAGCUGGACUGGCUGAAGGGCGGCCUCCUGGCCAACAACCAGGGCUUUUCUGCUACAGUCAACACGAAUCUUGAUUUCGAGAUGAGCUCAGUUCUGCUGAAUGCUCCUGAUCAUUUCGCAAGAGCCAAUGCAGGCGGGCUCGCAGCUGCUCAGCUUUUCGACAUGACCGAGAUCUGGACAUGCUUCACCGUCCUGCUCCAAGGCUAUUCUGGACGUGUCAUGCAAGCUCGCGACUUUGGCGUCUUCGAUAAUUGUGACCUCGUCGAAGGCGACGUUGAAGCCGAAGAAGCAAUGCUUGAAGAGUGGAUCGCCUAUCUUUUAACAUUGGGUCCCAGUGUGGUGCUUGACAUGGCUCUCCUUGCCUUGGACACCACUCCAUCUGGCUUUGCAUACGCAAAACAACAAGGCUGGACGAAUUGGACACCACCAGCCUUCAACGGCAGCCGCAGCAAUUUCCUCAAAGAGCCCGUGGCACGAAGCUACGAAGAGCAAGUCGCUGCUGCGAAGCUUCGUUUUCAAGAUCCAAUCGAACAAGAACAGAAGGAAAUGAGCCGGAAGCGCGUCGCUUCUAUGGCAGCUGAGAUCCGGCUCCGAAGACAAAGCUCCGACUACCGCCGCCUGCCCUUCAUCGACAUGAAGAACGAGCGAGCAAUGAGCACGGCUUCCCGUCACAGCACCGUCUCCUCAUGCUCUCGAAGCACCAUUCGCUCCUCAGACAACGACAAGACCACCUCACGCCGACGCCGCACAUCUGCCCCUCAGACUUCAGCGCACUCGACUAAAGCCCUGUGGCAAGCUCCUCGCUCCAUCUCCCCCAUUAUGGAAGAUCGAAUCGAACCUUUCAACCGCAUGUCUCUCGUCAACUAUGGACGAGGGCAAGCGGAAGACACUUCUGAGAUCGCCGUGCAGAGAAUCGUCGCGAUGGGCUUUCCGCCUAACCAAGCGAGAGAAGCUCUUCGUCAGACUGACAUGGGCGAUGGUCUCAGAGUCGAUCGAGCUGUCGAGUUCUUGCUUAGGCAGGACUAGGCUGAGGCAAGAGUCGCUUUUUCCUUGUGACCGAUUCAUAUGAUUCCUUGCUUUUUUUAUGUGAUACCCAACUCGGACCAUGACGAGACUUAUCGUGCGGAAGUUUUCUUUGAAUUAUGACGUUACCUAUCUGUGAGAUCAGCAGUUCUUCAAAGGCCAAAAAUGAUGUUUCUUUCUCAAGGCUGUAUGUAACUAUAUGGGGAUGUUACGAUUGUUCAACGAAAAUUGUAAUAUAGUGUCUCAAAAUUUGCAAUGAAUGAUGAACGAACGAAUAUCAAUAUC